AUGUUCGCACACAACGGCAUGAUGUGUUUCGUCACGUCGUACCACAAAGGAUACCGGAGCAGCGGCCAGACCAAAAAAAUCCACCGAGACUUGCUCAGGGAGGCGGGCGAGCUGCUGGUGUGGUACUUAUUGCUCGUGUUUCCGUUCUGGCGGGAGGCGGACGGCAUCUCCAAGCAGGCCUAUCACUACAGCGUUUUCUUCGACUCCGACGGGCAAACGGAUGCCGACGCGGACGCGGAUGCGGGCGAGGACGUGGACGACAGCAGGGCAACGUGGACAUGGAAGGAGGACCGAACAUGGACGACGGACCGGGCUAGACGCAUUAAACAACGGCACAGCGUCCGACUGCUCGGGAACAAGCUGUAUGUGAGCAUGUGGCGGCACUCUGCCAUAGCUAUCGCAAACUGGAUCUUGAACGAGGCUUUCGGGCGGUGGAACCCCGGGAGAAUAGGGGACGAGGACGAGGACGAGAACGACAAGCUCGGCGACAGCCCCGGCGUGGCGGCUAAGCAGCAGCAUUUCCGCAAAGUCAGCGGUCAGUGGCACCGGUUCUUGGGAAUCGAGGCGGAGGACCAGGCGAGCAGCUGGGGCGGCAGUGGCGGCUUGAAGCGGAAGGUCGAGCUAUACGACGGCGUCCGUCUCGUGGCCCGGCUGCGCCGCUUCGCCAGGCUCCGGCAGACCGACGUGGCAGGCCUGCUGCGGCAGAUGACGGGCAACCACACGGCGACGUCCCGCGGAAACCAGGAGAGGGUAGCCCAAGACAUCGUCAACAGCCACAGCCCCAUCGUGCAGAUCAUGGGCACGGGCGGCGGCAAGAGCUUGUCGUUCAUGCUGCCAGCGUUCUGCUCGCCGGACGGCGUCACGAUCGUCAUCACAACACUCACCGCGUUACGGACUGACUUGGACGCGCGGUCGUCCGUCAUUUUCGUGACGCCCGAGUCCGUCAUCAGUAAGGGGUUCCAGGAUUUCGUAGCCGGGCUCGGGUCGCGCCAAGCGCUUGACCGUGUGGUGGUCGACGAGUGCCACGUCAUACUGGAGGGGACGCGGUCGUUUCGGCCCAAGCUGCGCGAGGUCGGCGCAGCGAUACGGGAGUUCGGCGUCCAGGUAGUAUGCUUGUCGGCAACGCUGGCAUCGGCGAACGAGUACGCAUUCUCCGGGCUCAUGGGGAUGAAGUUCCAGUUCGCUUGGCCGGGCUCGCGGAGCAGGGAGAGAGGGCCAGAGGAGAGGCGACGGGACGACAUCGACGAGGCGUGCUGCCGCGUCGCAGAGAAGUGGCUGGCGGACGGCGAGCCUGGCAAAACGCUCAUCUACGCCAUGUCUAUCGCGAGGGUGGAGCGGCUGAGCGCGGCGCUGGCAUGUCCGGCGUUCGACAGCGACAUCGACACAAGCCAGGGCAAGGCCGACCGGCUCGCAGCACGGCAACACGGCAGCGGUGCCGCCGAGGGGCUGGUCGUCGCGACGAACGUGCUGGGGCUCGGCAUCGAUGUACCGGAAGUACGUCUCGUGAUCCACGCCGACAUGCCGCGGCAGCCUCGGGCUGAGGCGGUGCUGGCAGCAGCAGCGGGGGCCACGCGGACGUAG